CGUCUCGGCCUGAUCACAAGCUCAAGUUUAUAUUGGAAGUGAGCGGAGGGAGGAGGCGGCGGCGGCGGAGGAGGAGGAGGGGUCUGGGGCUCGGCGGCGACCGAGAUUUGCUUCUCGCCCUCUCCGUCUUCUUCCCAGGAUGCCCGCCGGACCUCCGCAGGGGCCGGAGUCGGGGUCGCGCCGCGGGUGUCCAGCGCCGAGCUGCUGCCUCUAGCUAAGUUUUGCCGCGGCGCGAAGCCAGAGAAGUUUGCAAGUUGCGCGGCCCGCGGGCUCGGCUCUCCGGUCCUUGGGAAAGGCCGCUCCGGUGCCCCGCGAGGCAGGCUGGCUGGCCGCCGCCGCCUGGGAGGGAGCCUGGGCCGGGCAAGCGGGCAGCGGCAGGCGCAGGCAUGGACGGCGUCUCCGGCCUGGGCUCGCCGGCGCUGGAGAAGAACGUGGCCGAGCUGACCGUGAUGGACGUGUACGACAUCGCCUCGGCGGUGGGCCAGGAGUUCGAGCGGCUGAUCGACCAGCACGGCUGCGAGGCCAUCGGGCGCCUGAUGCCCAAAGUGGUGCGCGUGCUGGAGAUCCUGGAGCUGCUGGUCAGCCGCAACCACCUCAACCCCGAGACGGAGGAGCUGCGCCUGGAGCUCGACCGCCUCCGCCUGGAGAGGGUGGAUCGCAUCGAGAAGGAGAGGAAGCACCAGAAGGAGCUAGAGCUGGUGGAAGAUGUUUGGAGAGGGGAAGCCCAAGAUCUCCUCACCCAAAUCGCCCAGCUUCAGGAAGAGAAUAAGCAGCUGAUGACCAAUCUCUCCCACAAGGACGUCAACUUUUCGGAAGAAGAGUUCCAGAAGCAUGAAGGAAUGUCUGAAAGGGAAAGGCAAGUGAUGAAAAAACUGAAGGAAGUAGUAGAUAAACAAAGGGAUGAAAUCAGAGCAAAGGACCGUGAACUUGGUCUUAAAAAUGAGGAUGUAGAAGCUCUUCAGCAACAGCAAAACAGGUUAAUGAAAAUCAACCACGACCUUCGCCACAGGAUCACGGUUGUGGAGGCUCAGGGAAAAGCUCUGAUUGAGCAGAAAGUAGAGCUGGAGGCCUACCUGCAGACCAAGGAACAAGAGAUGGGAGCCCUGAGGGCUGAGCUCGGAAAGCUCCGAGAAAAACUGCAGGGAGAGCCAAGUCAAAAUGGAGAAGAAAUCCAGGCCGAAGAAACAAACAAUGACGAAUACAUCUCAGAAUCUGAGAAGAUAGCCAUGGACUUGAAGGAUCCCAACCGUCCAAGGUUUACUUUGCAAGAGCUGCGAGAUGUUUUGCAUGAGAGAAAUGAACUGAAAUCUAAAGUUUUUCUGCUGCAAGAGGAGCUUCUGUAUUAUAAGAGUGAUGAGGCUGAUGAAGAAAUGAGGUCUCCCCAACCCACAACCAUUAUUCAUUCAAAACCAUCCACUCAGCAGGAAUCUGGAAUCAAACGACUGUUUAGUUUCUUUUCCCGUGAUAAGAAACGGACGCCAGCGAUGCAGAGAAAUGCCCCCUUUCAGAGUUCCUUUGGCGAGUGGGCCAACUCUAACAAAGACGAUGCAUACACUGAACAAGGCCUGGAGGCCCUACAGCACCUGUGACUGGAGCCCAGGGAUUGCGGUUGCAAUGGUAACAGCACAAGAAAAUAUGAAGGAACUGUGGCACCUGGAUAUGGCUCUCCUCCCCAUUCCCAACACCUUACCCAGUUGGAAUGAGGGGUUUCUUUUUCCACACAGAAUCCCUUGUUGUUUACUUGGUGACUACACUCCGAAAGCAAGAUCCUAGGGCCUCUGUAGAAGCAAUGGCUUUGCAGAGUCGUUGCUGUGUGCUAAUUUAACAAGCCUGUGGGUUGUUUUUGAAAGCUUGCAUUCACUUCACUUAACAAAAGUUCACUUUAAACCAAAA